AUGCCACCGAAAAAGAACGCCGUCGAGGAAAAGCCAGCGCUCAUUGGCAGAUUAGGUACCAACCUUAAAGUCGGAAUUCUGGGUCUUCCGAAUGUUGGUAAGAGUACUUUCUUCAAUGUGCUCACCAAAUCUGAGGCGCAAGCCGAAAACUUCCCUUUCUGUACAAUUGAUCCAAAUGAGAGCAGGGUCGCUGUUCAAGAUGAUCGAUUUGAUUGGCUCGUCAACCACUACAAACCGGCAAGCAAGGUUCCAGCCUUUCUUAACGUCACCGAUAUUGCUGGUCUUGUGAAAGGAGCUUCCGAGGGACAAGGACUUGGAAAUGCUUUCCUGUCUCAUGUAUCCGCAUGCGAUGCUCUUUUCCAUUUAUGUCGUGCUUUCGAUGACGAUGACGUUACUCAUGUAGAAGGAGAAGUCGAGCCAGUUCGUGAUUUGGAAAUCAUCAGCAACGAGCUUUUCGCCAAAGACCUUCAGUUCAUCGAAUCUCCACUUGACAAGGUCGAAAAACUCUUCACUCGUGCUAAUGACAAAACUAAGAAGAUCGAAUACGAUACUCUUGUUCGUGUCAAGAAAUGCCUCGAAGAGAAGAAGCCAGUUCGUCAAGAGCUCUGGAAUGAGAAGGAAAUCGAAAUUCUCAAUAAAUAUCUCUUCUUGACUGCCAAGCCAAUCGUCUAUCUUGUGAAUUUAUCCGAAAAGGAUUACAUUCGUAAGAAGAACAAAUGGUUGCCAAAAAUCAAAGCAUGGAUUGAUGCUAACGAUGCUGGAGCCGUACUUAUUCCAUUCUCUGGUGCAUUCGAAUUGAAACUUCUUGAUAUGCCAGAAGACGAACGCCAAAAAUAUCUUAAGGAGCAAGGAGUCACAUCCAACCUUGACAAAAUUGUUCAUACCGGUUAUAAGGCUCUUCAACUCGAAUAUUUCUUCACUGCUGGAGAAGACGAGGUGAAGGCGUGGACGAUUCAAGUUGGAACACCAGCACCCAAAGCAGCAGGUAGAAUCCACACAGAUUUCGAAAAAGGAUUCAUUAUGGCCGAAGUGAUGAAAGUUGCCGAUUUGAUCGAAUUGGGAGAUGAAGCCAAGUGUAAGAGUGGUGGUAAAUAUCGUCAACAAGGAAAGACGUACAUUGUUCAAGAUGGUGACGUUAUUUUCUUCAAGUUCAACGCUGGAGCCGGUCUUCAAGCCAAAAAGAAAUAA